AUGACGCGAUUAACAGUCACCCAGACAGCCCGAAACCAUUUGUUCGGGCUAGCACCGAACCCGGACCGUCGAGUACCUAUCAGUAUGCUUAUAUCACAGCAGAAGAAAUUGGGAUUUGGUAUGUACAAUUUUUUUUUUAUAUUGUUUUUAUUGUUUUUAACGACAAUAAUAUGUUUUGUUGUCUGUGUGAGAAUUUGCAGAAAAAUACGGUAGUAGAGACUAUGGAACGGCUCUCUAAGCUACAGCUACUGGCACAAACCUGGCGUGAUCAGGCUAACGAAGGUCUACAUCUUCAACGUAACUAACCCUCAGGGGUUCCUGGAGAACGGAGAGAAACCGAAGCUGGUGGAAGUCGGGCCUUUUGUUUAUAGAGAAGACAUGGAGAAGGUAAACAUAAAGUUUCAUGAGAACGACACGGUGACGUACCAACAUAACAAGAUACUGCGCUUUGUUCCCGAAAUGUCUGUCGAUAAGAAUCAAAAACUAGUUGUACCUAACAUCCCUUUGCUGACAGUGACCUCCUUCUCCCCGAACCUCGGAAGCUGGGUGUUCAACCUGCUAGUGUCUGGACUAGCCAUCACGUACCGAGAUAGAGCCAAACCAUUCGUUCAUGUUACUGCUGAGGAACUGGUCUUUGGCUACAACGACCCGCUAGUGAUGUUGGCACAUUACUUUUAUCCAAAGGGAAAGAGACCGAACAGUCAGAUGGGACUACUGCUUGCGAGAAACGGGACUUUAGACGAGGUAUCGACAAUGUACACAGGACAGAAGCAGUUGGAUAGAUUUGGGUACAUGGACAGGAUCAAUGGACUGGACCACCUUCCCCACUGGAAGGACAGGCCAUGCAAUGAUAUACGUGCAUCCGAAGGUUCAUUCUUCCCUCCACGAGCAGUCACUAAAUCUGACAUAGUCCACGUGUAUGAUAAAGAUCUGUGCAGAAUUCUACCACUCCAAUACAGAAAAGAUGUAUACAAAGAUGGCAUCAAAGCUGGUCUGUACACUCCACCAGCGUCUACAUUUGAGAGUGCUGAUGUGAAUCCGGAUAACAAGUGUUACUACCCGGGUGAGAAGUGCCCGCCAAAAGGAUUGCAGAAUAUUAGUCCCUGUCAAUACAAUGCACCAGUUUACCUAUCCUUUCCACAUUUCUAUGAUGCUGACCCAGCCCUGCUGGAGCCUUUCGAGGGUCUGAAGCCGAACAAGAAGAAGCACGAAACAUAUUUUAUGAUACAACCUAAAAUCGGAGUACCAGUGGAAGGUUUCGUGCGUGUCCAGCUGAACUUGAAGGUGGAUCGCGCCCCGAACAUCCCCAUUAACAAUAUCAACAACUUCCCCGACACCAUUUUCCCUGUCAUGUGGAUUGAAGAAGGCAUCCACGAGCUCUCAACACCAAUCUGGCGAUGGAUCUACCUCGCCACCACCAUAGGACCAGUCUUCGCACCCAUCAUAACAUCAGGCAUGAUCAUAGUCGGCUUCCUAACCCUGGCUAUCGUCUUCAUCAGAGCCUACAAGAGCCUCGUCAUUGGCCAGAAUUCUCUGGAAAUCAUGGAGAUUGGGAGACAGACUAUAAGAAGGAGUUCCACGCUGAUCAUCAGCGGCUCACAUAAAAUGAUGCCGCAUCGAGCUGAAUCAGCAUAUAUCCCGUUAAACCAAUGUGGAGAUAGAGUCCAGGAGUUAAGUUUUGUUAGAACAGACAGUAAGGAGUUUAAAAGUGUUUUACGAAGUGAUUUCGUAAGAUCUAGUUUUAGCGAAGCUGAAAGAGAAUCGUUAAUAAGGUCAGACAAUAGUUUUAUUAUGUCGGAACAUAGGUUUAACCAGGAAUAG